UGGGUGGAGGUACAGUGGGCGACGGCACCGCAACUCUGUUAGGUGUAAUUAGUCUCUAUCAACAGCGGCUGACUAGCAGAGGGAGUGUCGGAAAAAGAGCAAAACUGAAGUGAAAGGCUGACCGAGGGAUGGAGAACCAUGACAACGGAGGAAGUGGAGGCGGGGGAGGAGAUGGGGGAGGAGAGAAGAAACAGGAGAGCGACAGUGAUAAACGGACAAAGGACCAGCGCAACAAGGCGGAGAAGGGAGAGAAGGAGACGGAGAACGAAGGCGGUGAAAAGGAGAGGGUGGAGGGGAAGAGUCGCCGUCGCUCAGGAUCCCUGUGGAGGGGGGGCUGGGCCCUGACCGAGCGGCUGGCCAUUAACGUGUCAGGGAUGCGCUAUGAGACACAGCUUCGCACUCUGGCCCAGUUUCCCGACUCCCUCCUGGGGGACCCCCGCCGCAGGAUUCGCUACUUUGACCCUCUGCGCAAUGAGCUGUUCCUGGACCGGAACCGGAUCUGCUUCGACGCCAUCCUCUACUUCUACCAGUCCGGCGGGCGGCUCCGGCGGCCGGCCAAUGUGCCCCUGGAUGUGUUCAUGGACGAGCUUCGCUUCUACGAGCUGGGCGAGGACAUCCUGGAACGCUUCAAGGAGGAUGAGGGCUUCCCCAAGGAGGAGGUACCGGCGCUGCCUGAGAAUGACUUUCAGAGGAAGGUGUGGAUGCUGUUUGAGCACCCGGAAUCCUCCUCAGGUGCGCGCAUCAUUGCCAUCAUCAGCGUCAUGGUCAUCGUGGUGUCCAUUGCCAUCUUCUGCAUUGAAACGCUGCCUGAUUUCAGGAACGAGAAGGAGCUCAGAGAGAAAUUCACCUACCAGCCCCAUCCGACCAUCCCCAAUGUCACCAUCACGAUCCCCCCAACUGCUAGUGCCUUCCAUGACCCCUUCUUCCAGGUGGAGACAAUAUGUAUCUGCUGGUUCUCCUUUGAGCUCGUAAUGCGCUUAGCCAGCGCUCCGAGUAAGCUGCAUUUCUUUAAGGACGUGAUGAACACUAUCGACUUCCUUGCCAUCAUUCCCUACUUUGUCACCCUGGGAACCGAGCUGGCCCGGGACAAGACUUCCAACAAGGACCCGGGCAUGUCUCUUGCCAUCAUCAGGGUCAUCCGGCUUAUCCGCGUGUUCAGGAUCUUCAAGCUGUCCCGUCACUCCAAGGGCCUCCAGAUCCUGGGCCAGACGCUGAAGGCCAGCCUCAGAGAGCUGGCCCUGCUCAUCUUCUUCCUCUUCAUCGGUGUCAUCCUGUUCUCCAGCGCCGUCUACUUCGCAGAGGCGGACAGCCCCGAAACGGUGUUCACCAGCAUCCCUGAGGCCUUCUGGUGGGCCGUGGUGUCCAUGACUACAGUGGGCUACGGGGACAUGUACCCCAAGACUCUGGGGGGGAAGCUGGUGGGCUCCAUGUGCGCCAUCGCCGGCGUGCUCACCAUCUCCCUGCCCGUUCCCGUCAUCGUGUCCAACUUCAGCUACUUCUACCACAGAGAGACGGAGUGUCUGGAGAACAGCAGCGAGUUCACCCACGUCAGCACCUCUCUGUGGGAGGACGAGGAGGACGAGGGGGACGAGGGGGACGAGGGGCCCGACGGGGACGGGGAGUACUUUCCCCUGUAUGUGGGCGACUGCAGGGGAAUCUGUAACCCUCUCAACGGGACACUGCUGGCUGGGCUCUGUGGGGGGCAGGACCACGGGGAGACCAGAGGAAACAUGUACCUCAGGGAACCCCUGGUCACUCAGGUGUGAGAGAGGAUAGACUGACAGAGGAUCUUCUGAAAACAAACCUUGUAUACUGCCUCCAAGUGGAAUAGAACGCCAGAAAGAAAGAAAAUGGGUGGCAAGGUCAAAUAAAACAGGAACACUACUUAUUUUCACAGGGCACACUUUAACCCCUUCAAUGACUCACUCAGUUUCAGGACACAUCAGACCAUGUUCACACACAGUCUUUAAAGUCUCACAACUUGAACAUCACUUUCAAUAAAGAUUGCUUUUGCUUUUGACACUAAAAGAUAACAGUAUGAUCAUACUGACAAAAAACAAACAGCUGAAACAGAAUACAUGUUUAUAUCCAGAAGUAUUUGGACAGUUCAAUAUUAUUUAUGUUUUGGACUUUGUUCCCCUGCACUUACAACUUUUAAUGAUUCUGUGACUUUAAGGUAGAGUACAAAGUGUUAAACCAGUAUGUGACAAUUGCAAAAUAACAUAUUUCCAAUCAAAGUUCCACAAACAAAUUAUUUCAAAAUACCAAUUUCACAAGUUACAAAAAUGCAUCCAAAUGUAAAUAUUUUUUUUUUAAUCUACAUUGGGUUAACGGUUAAAAAUUAUAGCACUUAUACACAAUUAUUUAUUCUAAUAGUCCUAGCACAUGUCUCUUCAAAUCUCUUGGAUGCAUUUGCAGUUAGUUUCAGCUGUUUUUUCUGAUUAUUUUGUGCCCAAUCAAAAUUAAUGGUAAGUUGUACUGUGUAAUUUUGGAGUAAUUGUUACUGCAAAAUAGAAUAGAAUUUAUCUAUGAAUGCAAAAUGAAUGUGAAUGCAAUCAUGAUUAUGGUUCAUCCUGAAUGUUUUUUGAAUAAUGUUGAGUGAGAAGGUCACAGAGGUGGAAAGGUCAUAUUCCCAAGACACCUCUCACCCUUAACAAUAACAGAGGAGGUAAAAAAUUUUUUUAGGAUUAUCAGCAAUCAUGGGAGCAUCUGUUUUAAUGUAUGUGUUCAUAAAACACUAUUAUUUUUAUUCUGGUCAUGUUCCAACUAGACUGUCAAUCCAUAGUUGUCUAUACAGUACAUAAAACUCUUACAAUAGUAUAUGUUUAUGUUGACUCCCUUCAAGUGAACUGAUUUGCAAUUUUAUUUCUUAUCGUGGGCUAGCUAUUGGAAUUGUGAGCUAGCUACCUAAAUACAGUGUCUGGUUUUGAAUGUGUAGUGGGUUAAUCUGCUGAUGGGACUGAGCACCUGCCUAUGAAAGCUAUGUCAGAAAUGGUCAGCAGUGAUAUUGUGUUGACACGGAACACAAAGAAACUAGCCAGGGGCGGGGGGGCUGUGGUGUGGACAGGCAGCAGGUCUACGUGUUGGUCCUUGGUCUGUGUAGUUGUCACUGUGUAAUGGAUACAGCCAGGCUGGGCAGCAGGGAAAUCUGACCCAGGCCCUAAUGAAUCAUGUAGCUGUCAGCCUUCCUGAUGACCCUCCCUCCCAAUGGUUGUGCAGGGCAAACACAAAUCCACACUCACCACGCUGAGGUUUUACCUGUCAGGCCAAAGACGCCGGUGCCUUUAUUAGCCCGCCUACUACUAGCAAAUUUCUCUGGGCCUCCUGAGUAGUAACAGUGUGAAGCAAGUGUUGGGUGGGGGAGGGGGGGGGGUUCCCACCGUGGGAUUCCUUGUCAAGCCACGCUCCAGUGACUUUCUGUGGCGAGUCAGGCACCUGCAACCUAACUGUAGUCAUUAGCCAGGAUGUUCUCCAAGGACGUCAGGCACAUAGCUCGCAGUUGAUUUCUUGAGUAUUGUGAUAAGAUGCACAGAUUGGCGGGCCUCGACUCUCCUGAGCUCACUGGCAGUUUCUGACAGGAUGCCAGGGGGCAGUCACAAGUUGGAGAAACAACACUGGGAGACCUGGGUGGGACGGUUGCUUUGUCUCAUGUUUACUGGGCUUUAUACCUGUGUUUAUAUGACCACAUAUGUUUGUCCAACUCUAUCGCUAUUGUCCAUGUCGGGUGAGAAUUGUAUGUAGUAGUAUGUAAAUGGAGGAAGAAGCGUCUGUGUGUGUGUGUGUGUGUGUGUGUGUGUGUGUGUGUCUUUGUUGCAAUUACCAGUAUGUAGAACUUUGUGCUCUGUUAAGUGUGAACACUGUUUAUACUAUACAUUAUCUAUUUAUUAAUAAAGAUCAUAUUUUAUCACA